AUGAUAUCCCAGGCGUGCAUCUUGUCCUCCAAAGGAGAUCACCUCAUCUACAAAGACUGCAUCCUCCUCCUACAGGCCUGUGGAGUCCUGUUGAAGGCAGACAUUGAGGGAGAGAUCAGAGUGAAGUGUUACAUGCCAAGCUGCUCAGGCUAUGGGGCAGCUGUUCAUGUGGAUGAGUGCAGCUUCCACCAGGCUGUCAGGCUGGAUGAGUUUGACACCUACAGAAUCCUGAAAUUGUGUCCCAGCCAAGGAGAGGUGCUCAUGGAAUUCACUCAAUGUGAUGACCUGCCCACAGUCCCUCCAUUCCGUAUUUUCCCUUCUAUAGAGAGGGACAGUGGUGGCAGGUUAUUGAUGUACUUGAAGCUGCGGUGUGACCUGCCCCCAAAGAGCGCUGCUAUUAAUGUUUCUAUUACAAUACCGGUCCCCAAGGGCUCGCUUAGUCUCUCUCAGGAGUUGAGAAGCCCGGACCAGAGUGCUGAACUGCAGCCAAAAAACAAGGCUGUUCACUGGGAGAUCCCUCACUUCCCAGGGGGUGCCCAGCUCUCCGCCCUGUUCAAGCUGGAGGUCCCUGGCCUUAGCUCUGCCUCAUUACAGGAAGUAGGACCAGUCAGUCUGAGCUUUGAGCUGCUUAAGUACACCUGCACAGGACUGCAAAUUAGAUUCCUCCGCCUGUCCCCGAUACAGCCUGGACCAUUGUAA